AUGACUUCGACAUUACGGUUUGCGCCUUCGGCCCGCGACCUGUUGAAGCGGGAGGGCGAAGAAUGCAAAAUCUGCGACGAGUCAAAAACACUGAUAUGCCCGCCUUGCGAAGAGGGUGUAACGGUAUGCCAAUACAUUAUCCCCCUGGGCUGUAAUGAAUGCAAAAGGGCGACCUGCGUCCCCGUCGAUACAAUCGCGCCAAAUAGCAGUCAAAGUCGCUCGACCAAUGUGGGCGCGAUCGCCGGCGGCGUUGUCGGUGGCCUUGCUGCUCUCGCCAUCGUCACCUACUUAGUAUGGAGGUUCUGUGUCAGGACGCGGAGGCACGCACUUGUUGCGGAGCAAUGGGACGACGGGGAGGGUGACGGCUUGGAAGGAGAGAAGACGCUUGCGCAACGACGAGACAAUCGCGCCUCGACCCAUACGACGCACUCUAUCGCCUCGACGGUCCUAACCCGAGCCUCGAAUAUCAUCCAGAUUGCCUAUAUUCCGGGCGUCACCAACCGAGCAACGGCAUCACCGACGGUUCUUGUCCCGCCCGUUCCUCCAAUUCCUAUCGCUCACUCGCAGGCCGGCACCCCCGCGAGCACAGACGAUCAACAUUUCUUCGUCCCCGGAGAUCUCCGCGAUUCGACCUACUCGGGUAUCUCUGCCUUCUCCGACCGCACCUCUUAUGCUCGCACCUCGUACGCACCUCGUUCUAGUGUGGCGUCUACCAUAUAUGGCAAAAGCGCUGUCGUCGUGGCUCCCGCACAGACCGGUAUGCGGGCCAAGCCGGCCAUGGUCAGCGUGAGGUCAGCCCACUCCAAUACUUCUUCGACCGGCAGCUCCACCCCGCCAGUCCCAACCGUCGACUACGAAAAGUACAACCUCGCGCCCCGACCACCAAGCCCCGCAAACAGCACCUUCAGUGUUGGCUCCACCUUCCUCAAUAAUGCCAGCACCACCACGGCCACCCCGGCCCGGGCCAUGGUCGUCCGCGUCGGGAGCGUGAAGAAGGGCGGCUCCAACAAGCCACCAAAAUCAGGAUCCGCAGCAGCAACAGACGCCGAGUCCAUCACAGCGCCCACCGUGUCAGGAUCCACCAUCCGCGACUCGUCGGCCGCGACUAUUAUUGUUGACUCCCCCGCCACGGAGCAGAGUCCAUUCUGUGACCCGCCCAAGUCGGCCUCGCACAGCACCACCAGCCUGAGCGCCGUGAUCGAGGAGGCUACGAGGCGGGCGUCGCAGCGGGACUCAACACUUCCUGCUGCCAAGGGCAGGGAAAGGAGUCCGUUCGGAGACGAGAAUGCGGCGACAUGA